AUGGCUACAACCAAGCGACCCAAUUUCCUUCUCAUCGUCGCCGAUGACCUUGGGUUCUCAGACGUUGGUGCCUUUGGCGGCGAGAUUCAAACACCCAAUCUCGAUCAUUUGGCUUACGCACCCUCAGGAGUGCGCAUGACCAACUUCCAUACGGCUUCCAUGUGUUCACCCACACGAUCUAUGCUUCUCUCGGGCACUGAUAAUCACAUUGCCGGCCUCGGCCAGAUGGAGUUUUGGGGCCGUGGACGAGACCCACCAGUUCCAUGGUCUGAACGACCUGGAUAUGAGGGCUACCUGAAUUCCCGCGUGGCUGCUCUACCAGAGAUUCUCCAGGACGCGGGAUAUUAUACUUGUAUGAGUGGCAAGUGGCAUUUGGGCCUCACAAAGGAGCGCACACCACAUGCUCGAGGCUUUGAUCGCUCAUUUGCUCUUUUGCCGGGAGGCUCGAGCCAUUAUGCGUACGAACCCAAAAAACCGGAUGGAACCCCUGUUUUUGCGCAUUGGGCCAGUCUGUACUAUGAAGAUGACCAAAGAGUUGAAACGAAAGACUUUCCGAAAGACUUUUACUCCUCAGAUCACUUUUCAAAAAAGCUCGUCGACUUUUUGAGUGAAAGAGAGACCAACGCUUCCGUCAAGGAGAAGCCAUUUUUCGCAUUUCUGCCAUUUACGGCCCCGCAUUGGCCUCUGCAAGCACCGGAGUCAAACAUUCAGAAGUACAAGGGAAAAUAUGACGAUGGUCCAGAUGUUCUGCGAGACAGAAGGCUAAAACGACAAAUUGAACUCGGUCUCUUGCCUGCGGAUGUAGAGGCGCAUCCGGUCAUUUCCUCAACUAAAGACUGGGAUGACAUGUCAGCGGAGGAGAAAGCGUGGUCGGCGAAAACAAUGGAGGUAUUCGCUGGUAUGGUCGAUAGAAUGGAUGAGAAUAUCGGCAAAGUUAUCAACAAAAUCAAGGAGACCGGUGAGUGGGACAACACUUUUGUCAUUUUCAUGUCCGACAAUGGUGCCGAAGGAGCGAUUGUUGAGGCGAUUCCCAUGACUGGAGAUGUGAUCAAAAAGUCGAUUAAUAAACAUUACAACAACGACUAUGAGAACCUUGGCAACCGGGAUUCAUUCAUUUGGUAUGGUCCUCAAUGGGCGCAAGCCUCUACGGCGCCUAGUAGGAUGCAUAAGGGGUAUGUCACAGAAGGUGGUAUCCGCUGUCCGGCUAUUAUCCAUUACCCAGGAUUCGCAGAAACCUCAAACGGGCAUAUUACUGAUUCGUUCACUACUGUUAUGGAUAUCCUGCCAACGAUAUUGGACCUUGCGGGGAUUCAGCUGCCGGGCCCGAGCUUUCGAGGGCGUCAAGUUGUACCGGUAAAGGGCAAAUCCUGGAUCCCACACCUGCUGAGGAUAUCUCCCCAUGUUCAUGAUGAAGAUCACGUAACUGGCUGGGAAUUAUUCUUUCAUCAAGCCAUCCGCAAGGGUAAAUGGAAGGCUGUAUUCAUUCCAAAGCCGAAAGGCCCGGAGAAAUGGCAAUUGUACAACAUGGACAAAGACAUGGGCGAAAUUCACGAUUUAGCGGAGGAAGAGCCGGAAAUUUUGGAUGAACUGAUUAAGUAUUGGUUGGCAUAUGUGGCUGAGUUUGGUGUGUUUUUGCGGGAGGAGCUGGAAGAGGGCUAUGUCCUCCCAAAGGCUUAA